GGUGACCACUGCAACUUCAGCCACGACAUCGAGCUGCCCAAGAAGCGCGAGCUCUGCAAGUUCUACAUCACGGGCUACUGCGCCAGGGCCGAGAGCUGCCCCUACAUGCACGGGGAUUUCCCCUGCAAGCUGUUCCACACCACCGGGCUCUGCAUCAACGGCGACGACUGCAUGUUCUCCCACGCGCCCCUCUGCGAGGAGACACGGCAGCUGUUAGAUAAGAUGCUGGCCGAGGACGCGGAGGCGGGC